ACAUGACAUCUUCCCUUAUGCUCCACUCUUCCUUUGCUUAUUUUGUGUUCCAAAGCCAAACUUUCUUUGUCUAAUUAAUCAACUCUUUACUUUAGCAAAAUGGUCAUUAAGAUCCCUUGUACGUUCAUUAAACUCAUGCCCCUCAUCUCCUUAAUCCUCUAUAGUCUUAUUAUCGCAACGGUGAAUACUCAUUCGGUUUUAGCCGAAGAAGUUACCAAAGAAGACCCAGAGUUCUACAUUCUUGAUGAAACUCCUACAAUACAUUCAAAUCUAACAAUAUCAUCCAAAACCCGGCUGCUAGUUUCCCACUACAAAAAGAUCAGAAAAGGGAUGAGAUGUCAUGUCGCAGGUUACAACAUUUGCGACGGGGUAAAGGCGGACAAGGGGACGAGUUUGUUGUACUGUUGCAAGAAGCAUUGUCGGAAUAUCUUAGGAGACAUGAAUAAUUGUGGACGGUGCGGUCACAAAUGCAGAUUCGGACAACGGUGUUGCGGAGGCAUCUGCACCUAUGUUGGCUUUAACCCCAAGCAUUGUGGUAAAUGCAACAAAAAGUGUAAAUCCGGGAUUAAAUGUGAGUAUGGAUAUUGUGGGUACGCUUGAUUUUUAAAAUGAAAAAGUUGGACGGUUAAGGGGGGCAAUUUUUAAGAGUAGUGUAUUACGUAAGAAACUUAUAGUAGAGAAAUCAACGUAUACAAGAUUUAUAUAUA